AUGCAACGAGUUGCGGCACGGCUCAGGUUCGCCGCCAACGCCAGCGUAAACCCCGGCUCGGCACUGGCAGAAGCACCUAGCGCCGCCGUCAGCGCCGUCACCUCGGCGGCCCCGUCCCUCGUACAACGCAAUGCGCACGUACAGACAAUACUAUUAGACAGGCUUUGGCAAACGGGAUAUGGAUUGAAGAAACUUCCAUCGUCCAACCCGCAGCCUGCGAAGCGAAACGUACAGUGGUCUGUGCCCGCUAUUCAAUUUAGAGCCGACGGUAAGCCGCAGGCUGAUAUGGGCAUGAUACGAGCGGGCAGCCGCGAUGGCCAGGUACAAUAG